UUCUUUCAUAUAACCAUUCCUGAAUGAAAAAUUAAUUGAAUUCAUACCAGUUUCACUGGCACUCAUAUACAAAAUGGUAGAAAAGAUGAAAGUAGAAGAAAAAUGUAGCCCAUAAGUUUGUAUUAAUGAAUUUGACAAAAACUGUUCAGUGUAAAAUUUAUGGUUAUCAAGUGGCCAUUUUAUUAGAAAUUAUUGCGAGUGAAAGUCAAAUUCAGUUUGAAUUUUUUAGUGGAAAUUACAAAAUUGAUACAGUUAUAUUUAUCACGAUGCGAGAAGUAAUAUCAAUUCACACUGGGCAAGCCGGCGUGCAAAUUGGAAAUGCCUGUUGGGAAUUGUACUGCCUGGAACAUGCAAUUCAGCCUAAUGGACAGAUGUAUCCCGAAGUUGAAAUCCACGGCGGUGGCGAUUGUUACACCACAUUCUUUAGCGAUACUGGCGCAGGCAAACGUGUCCCGAGAGCGAUCUUCGUAGACUUGGAACCUACGGUUAUCGACGAAGUUAGAGUGGGAACGUACUCCAAAUUAUUUCAUCCGGAUCAGCUUUUGAGCGGCAAGGAAGACGCAUCGAACAAUUACGCUCGUGGACAUUUCACGUUGGGAUCGGAAAUAAUCGAUUUCGUCAUGGAUCGCAUUCGUAAAUUAGCAAACCAAUGUGAAGGCCUGCAAGGCUUUCUGAUUUUCCACUCGUUUGGAGGCGGUACAGGUUCUGGAUUUGCAUCUUUGCUAAUGGAAAGAAUAACUGCAGAUUAUGGUAAAAAGUCCAAAUUAGAAAUUGCUAUUUAUCCUUCUCCGCGGAUUUCAACCGUUGUCGUCGAACCGUACAACUCAAUUUUUACAACACACAGCACUCUAGAACACUCGGAUGCCGCUUUCAUGGUCGAUAACGAGGCUAUUUACGAUCUCUGCCAAAGAAAUUUGUCGAUUAAACGUCCAACAUACACCAAUUUGAACAGACUGCUUGGACAAGUCGUCUCGUCAAUAACAGCCUCGCUUCGUUUCGAUGGCGCUUUGAAUGUUGAUCUGACGGAAUUCCAAACUAACUUGGUGCCCUACCCUCGCAUCCAUUUCCCAUUAAUUACAUAUGCACCGAUUACAUCGGUUGAUAAGGCAUUUCACGAACAAUUAACUGUUUCUGAAAUUACGUACAAUUGCUUCGAACCGGUUAAUCAGAUGGUAAAGUGCGACCCACGUAAUGGAAAGUACAUGGCAUGUUGUGUGUUAUAUCGUGGGGAUGUCGUUCCUAAAGAUGUCUCUUUUGCUAUCGGAGCAAUUAAAACUAAGCGGAGCGUCCGCUUCGUAGACUGGUGUCCAACAGGAUUUAAAGUUGGUAUCAACUGCGAACCGCCAGCUUUUAUUCCUGGUGGCGACUUGGCCAAAGUGCAAAGGUCGGUCUGCAUGUUGUCAAACACAACGGCCAUCUCAGAGGCCUGGUCGCGUUUAGAUCGGAAGUUCGAUUUGUUGUAUUCUAAGCGUGCAUUCGUCCAUUGGUAUCUCCGCGAAGGAAUGGAACAGUGCGAAUUUUUGGAAGCACGAGAAAAUUUAGCCGCUUUAGAAAAAGAUUUUGAAGAAAUUGAAUCGGACUAUUUAACAUCAGAAUUUUGUGAAGAUGAAAUAUGAAAUUUAGGAUACAUAAGAACGUAUGGGGAAUACAGUUCAUAUUUUUAAGUGUGUCGGUGUGUAUGUAAGAAGCUGUCUUGUGUGAUAAAUCAGAUCAGUGAAAUAAUUUUAUUAGUUUGUAGUUCUUCAGGAAUAAUAGUAAUAAUAAAAGCGUUACUUAAUUAGUUUUUAACUUAAUUUAACGCUCUCACGAACUACGUAAUAAUUGAGUCUAAAUAUGGUUCAAACCUAUUAGAUGUAAACAUUUAGAGUACUUUUAAUGGAUUUUCAUUUAUUAUGGAGGAUUCCUUUGCUAGCCGUUUUUUCUUUAACCUUAAACAAAAAUGCUUUCGAAUAUCGACCCAAAAGUGUUACUUUCAAGUACAAUGAGCACU